UGUUGUUAGCAGAAGCCACACGUAUUGCGCCCAUCCAGGGGCUGGUGACAGUCGCUGUGCUGUUGGAACAAUAACCCGGGCAGUGAAGGGGCAAUCAGGGGAAAGGGAGGGGCACAGCAGCGCUGCUUUAUCUCUGGCAUGGUACUGAGUAUGGGUGACAUCCUCCUGUGAGGUGCUGGGGGAGGUGUAGUGUGCCGUACGCUGAAGACACUGGUCAUCCCUGGUUCACAUGUACCUGCCGCUUCAGGAGUAACCCACAGGCUGCAGGGAAUGAAGAGGAAGAGCCCGCUGCUGCCCUGUGCUCUGUGCCAUCAUUGAUGCCCCGGUGUGCCCGAGCGUACCCUCCUCAGCCCAGCCGCACCAGCAUCCCUCUGCCCCCCGUCAUGGAAGGAUCCGCUCGCUCUCCUGCCUCCAGGCUGGCACCUCUGGCUCUGUGGUCCACCUCUUCUGUGCUGGUCUUCUUCCUAGCUUUCUCCGGCGUCCAGGCGUCCAACCAGCUGCCCAGCGAGUGCCAGAACGGCAAAGGCAAGGGCAUCAACUGCUCAGAGCUGAAUUUCAGGGGGCCUGAAGUGCGACGAGUCUGUGACGAGACCUGUAAAUAUGGAGGAGUGUGCAAAGAAGAUGGGGAUGUUAUAAAAUGUGUCUGCCAGUUUCAGUGCCACACUAACUAUGUGCCAGUAUGUGGAUCAAAUGGAGACACUUAUCAAAACGAAUGCUUCCUGAGGAGAUCCGCCUGCAAACAACAGAAAGAUUUAACUGUAGUAUCAAAAGGACCCUGCUUUUCCGAUGCAGCAUCUGGAUCUGGAGAAGGUGAAUAUGAAGGAUCUGGAACUGAGGUUCAUAGGAAACAUCCUAAAUGUGGUGCUUGCAAAUAUGGUGCUGAGUGUGAUGAAGAUGCAGAAGACAUUGGGUGUGUGUGUAACAUAGAUUGCAGCGGACAUAAUUUUAAUCCUGUCUGUGCCUCUGAUGGAAACUCGUAUUCCAAUCCAUGUAUGGUGAGAGAGGCGUCAUGCAUCAAGCAGGAGCAGAUUGAUGUGAAACACCUAGGAAGCUGUACAGUUACAGAUGACACCAAUCCAGUUGGAAAGAAAGAUGACGGCUUACAGUACCGCCCCGAGGUGAAAGAUUCUAGUGACCAAAGGGAAGAUGACUACAUGGGGAAUUAUAUGCCAUGUUCAGAGAACUAUAAUGGAUAUUGUGUGCAUGGAACAUGUGAAUUAAGUUAUCCUACACAGAAAGCAUCAUGCCGGUGUGAAUCAGGAUACACAGGCCAAUACUGUGACAAGACAGAUUUCAACAUUCUAUAUGUGGUGCCAAGCAGACAAAAGCUUACUCAUGUCCUCAUUGCAGCCAUUAUUGGAGCUGUACAGAUCGCCAUUAUAGUUGCCAUUGUUAUGUGCAUAACAAGGAAAUGUCCGAAGAACAACAGAGGACGUCGACAGAAGCAAAAUCUUGGUCACUUCACUUCAGAUGCUUCAUCCCGGAUGGUGUAGCCCCAGUGUUUUCUUUUACUUUAUUUUUCUGGUUUAUUUUUUAUACUUGCAUUGACCAUGUGCUGUACAUUUUUAUUAUAUCUUUUUUUAAAGAAUGGAAAUAUUUAUUUCAGAGGCCUUAUUUUUGGACAUAUUAUGGUUUAGCUUUGAUGGUUGUCUGUUGUACUUGCAAAAUAUCAGCUCUGGCAGCAAUGGACUGAUACAGCGUUCAUAUUUUUUUUUUAUUUCUUUUAUAUUCCUUUUCUGGAAACACAGUUCAGUAUUUUUCUGUGUGUGCUUUCGCAUGGUUGUUUGUUACCCAUAUUUUGUUAUUAAAACAUCUCAAUUUUGGCAGCAUUGGGGUCCAGACACAAACUGACAAAAGAUUUGUUAACUUAGGGCAGGUGAAAGAUUGAUAAAAUAUAUUGCUAUAUAGAAAGCAACAACAGUUUUUGAUGCAGUUUUUUAGCAAUAAUCCAAAAGUGCAUCCAGCAGGAAUAAUAAAUCUAAGUCCCUACUUUAAAUUUCCCAUUUCUUUUUAAUCCAUUUGUGGUUUCAGCUAAAAACUGCAAUCAAAAACAUUACUGUGUAAAAACACCAUCAAAAUCAAGCUACACUUUCUAAACUGAUAUGGGAUGCUUUAGCAUGGAAGAGACUGGAACUCGAUCUGAAACUCCAAUGUAUAACUCAAAAUGGUGGAUGAAACGUUCACUACAUCCCCAUAAUUGGUUGCUCCUAUGGAACACAGGCUCAGGCCUCCUGUGGUUGUAGAUAAUGAACAAACAUAAAAAAUUUAAGAAAUACCCUACAAACCAGGCAUGAGCUAAAGGUAAUGUUUACAAUUUUUUUUUCUUACCAAGCUUCAUAGAGGAUACUGUGUUUAAUAGAUAUUUCAAUGUUUUAUAGAAUUAGUUAUGAACUUUUUUUUAAACACUGGCUAUCGCAUGAUAUGUGACUUGUAUUCUGUGAGUAGUGGUAACACGUUAAAUAUGUUCAAUGGUUUCUAAUCCUGACAUUAUUUACCCAUUGGGGUCUUUCUUCAGGGGCUAGGGAAUGCAGUAGGUGCAUUGUUCUGUGGUGUCAUUAUCUGUAAGUGUUUUGUAUUAUCUUUUAUUUAUUUUUUAGUUGAUUGUGUCUGUGACUAUCCGUAUUUUCUACACCACAAAUAAAACAUGUAAU